UAUACAUUAACAUUUUUCAAAAUCCAACCGUUUUUUCACUCAUCUCUUUAAUUGGGCUUCCCAAAGAUGGAACCUGUGGUCAAAUUCUUUGACAUGUUGUCGUCCCUUGGGCGCAGUAUUGAAAUGUCCCACCACAGCGAUGAUCAGCUCCUGCAGGCUGGAAGCGAUUCCUUCUGGGAGCCUGGCAACUACAAACGCACCACCAAACGGAUCGAAGAUGGAAACAAACUCUGCAAUGACCUACAGCAACUGAUACAGGAGCGAGCCGACAUCGAGAAGGGAUAUGCGAAAAGCUUGCGCGCCUGGUCAAAGAAAUGGGGUGAACUCAUUGAGAAAGGACCGGAGUACGGUACCACGGAGGCAGCCUGGAAGGGCGUGCUGACGGAAUCGGAGCGCAUCUCCGAUGUUCACAUGAAGAUCAAGGAUAACCUCUGUAACGACAUCAACAACCAGAUCAAGACGUGGCAGAAGGAGAACUACCAUCACACGCUCAUGCAGAUCAAGGAGCGCAAGGACCUGGAGGAUCUAUUCAAGAAGGCCCAGAAACCCUGGGCCAAGUUACUGUCCAAGGUCGAGAAGGCCAAGGCAGACUACCAUUCGGCCUGCAAGACAGAGCGCAGUGCCACCAACCAGGAGCGUAAUGCCAAUGCCGACAGCUCAUUGUCGCCCGAUCAGGUGAAGAAAAUGCACGAUCGAGUGCAAAAGACCAAAGAUCAAGUGCAAAAGUGCCGCGAGAAAUAUGAGCAGUCUAUUGCGGAAAUCACCAAGUACAAUUCGGUGUACAUCGAGGACAUGACAUCCGUGUUCGAUAAGUGCCAAACAUUUGAGAAGCAACGGUUGCAGUUCUUCAAAGAAAUCCUAUUUAACGUGCACGCGUGUAUCGAUCUUACCAAAGUGCAAAGCCUGCCCCAAAUCUACGAGGAGUUUUACCACACGAUCAACAAUGCGGACCAUCAAAAAGACUUGAAGUGGUGGUCGAAUAAUCAUGGUAUAAACAUGGCCAUGAACUGGCCGUCAUUUGUGGAAUACACGGAGGAGUUCCGUGACAUUGCCAAGGGCAACAAAUCAAAAGAGGCACUGCCGGCAGCACCCAUCACGCUCAUCAAUCAGCGACCUGUGGCCGAGGAUGUGCACGAAUACUCCACAACAAACAGCCUGAAGAAGAACACCAGCACGCUGGGCAGCACCAGCAGCAGAGCGAGCGUGAAGAGCGAUAUUGUGGCCACGCAAUCCUCAGCCACCACAUCAGAAGCCAAAACAUCAGCGGCGGCUGCCGGGACCGCGACAGCGUCAGCUACGGCAGCAGCGGCAACGGCAGCGGCGGCAUCGAAUCGCAAUCCGAGCGUAACCAACGGCAACGGCAAAGUCGAUGCAAAUCCGUUCGACGAGGAGGAGGAGUGGGACGAGGGCGACAACGUGCUGGUGGACAACGGUGAGCCGGGUGUGCCGGUCAAAGCGCUGUAUGAUUACGAGGGCGCUGAAAGUGAUGAGCUCACAUUCAAGCAAGGUGAUGUUUUCGAGAAGCUUGAAGAUGAAGACGAACAAGGCUGGUGCAAGGGACGCAUGAAUGGUCGCGUCGGCCUGUAUCCGGCCAACUAUGUAGAGAUAUUCAACGCGUAAGAGGGCGGAGCAGCAGUAGUGGAAGUCGUUAAGCAGAUAUAGAUAUAUACAUGCAUAUACGUAUAUAUAGAUAUACACCGAGGUUAGAGACGCAUUACGGAUUGCGUAUACAGUAGAGCAGUCGUUGAUGAAAUAUUACCAUACAUAUGUAUUAGAAAUUGUUAUGAGCAAUCGCUCGCACUAUUCGCGUACUCUGUGCGCGAAAGUGCGGCCACUGAGGUAUUGGGCAUUGGGAGGAGAAUUUCUUUCAAACAACGGAUGCUCCAGAACCGAUUAGCCAACCAACAUACCAACAAACCAACCUACCAAUCAACUCACCAACAGUAGCAAUGCGGCCGUUAGCAGGCCGAUACGAACAUACGGUUAUAUGUAACAGAAACUUAGCUAAAAGUCGUCAACAGAACAAUAAGUGUAAACGUCAAUGUAUGCAAUGGCAUUACGAAUUAAAUGUAUUAUGUAAUUUAUAUGCUAUGUAUAACAACUGAAACUGAAAUUAUGUAUUUUUUGUCACGA